GUGCCGCUCCGGUUGUUGGCGACGAACGGCGAUAACGCAACCAGACGCGGAUGAUUGGCGGGCGAAUGCAGUUUCCGACCCGUCCCGCUGGCAGCGGUCACGCGUGACGCCUUAUAUUCUCUCCCUCUCAAAAUAUCCUGCACCUCCAAAAUGCUGUCGAGAGUGCCGGCGGGCGCCCUCUCUAGGGCUGGAAGGCUCGCCAGUCAGCGGACCAGCGCAGGUUUGUCCGGGGCGCGCGGUUCAACGGUACGGUUCGCCUCGUCUGCCUCCGCCUCUUCAUCGGCUUUCCAGUCGUUCUUGAACUCGCGGGCGACAUUGGCUGCGUCCACCCUCCUAACCGUCGGCUCGGUCGCCUGGUAUGCCCACCUCUAUGGCAGCCUCCCUUUCAUCGGUCAAGUGCACGCGAGCGCACUCGCCGACGAAGGUCUCCACCCUGCCGCUUACCCAUGGCCGCACAAAGGUUUAUUUGACACUUUUGACCAUGCCAGCAUCCGACGAGGUUACCAAGUCUACCGUGAGGUCUGCUCGUCUUGCCAUUCCCUCGACCGUAUCGCAUGGCGCAACUUGGUCGGCGUUUCGCACACUGUAGACGAGGUCAAGGCGAUGGCGGAAGAAGUCGAGUACGAGGACGGUCCGGAUGACCAGGGAGAGAUGUUCCAGAGGCCCGGAAAGCUCUCGGACUACAUGCCGGGACCAUACGCGAACGAGGAGGCUGCGCGUGCCGGGAAUGGAGGUGCCCUCCCCCCAGACCUCAGCUUGAUCAUCAAGGCUCGUCACGGUGGUGCCGACUACGUGUUCUCUCUCCUGACCGGUUACGUUGAUCCGCCAGCUGGCGUCGAGAUUCGUGAAGGGUUGAACUACAACCCCUACUUCCCCGGUACUGCCAUUGCUAUGGCUCGUGUUCUGUUCGACGGUCUGGUCGAGUACGAGGAUGGCACGCCCGCUACGACCUCUCAGAUGGCUAAGGACGUCGUGACGUUCCUGAACUGGGCGGCUGAGCCGGAGCACGACGAGAGGAAGAAGACCGGCUUAAAGGCCGUCAUCCUGUUCUCCGCUCUCUUCGCUCUCAGUGUGUAUGUAAAGCGCUUCAAGUGGACAGUUGUGAAGAACAGGAAAAUUGUUUACAACCCGCCCGCGGACAAGCAUCUCUAGACACGGAGGACGUUGAGGACAUUACGUUUGUAGAUAGGGCGAUUAAAUCGAGUAAUUUCUAUAAUUCUUGCUAUUGUAUGGUUAAGCCAGUGAAUAUGCAGGAACUUAAUCCACUGGAUGUUAUUGCCCUACACACGAAUAGAUGAGGCUGGAAUUACUGCGUCAAGCAACUGAGAGCAUGAGGAGAGUUUUAUCGUUCGCCGUGAUCUCGGUUCACGCAGCUGCCCAUGAAAGAUGCCUUGCCUGCAUCUUUAUCCUCAC